GCACAGAAGACAAACUUCCUCUCCUCUAUCAUCCGACCGCAUACCAAGGUGACUUGCUUCACCUUUUCUUCGCGCCUCGACACCGGCGCGACACCCUGGCCCUGGAACCAACCAUCCGCAUCGACACAACCUAUCGACAUUUUGGGGGGAGUCGUGAGAGCUAGCAGAGGAAGCUGCUAGAGAAGAAAAAGAAGAAGACAGAUUUGAAGAAUACCGUGGACGCCUCCCAUCGACCUCGCCACCAAGAGCCAUCAGUCAACAUGGCCUACUCAUCCCCCUACACCGGAUCUACUCCCGAGGAGUACUACUACGCCCGGGAGCGAUUCCAGUCGGCAACGCCAACUCCAUCCCCUCGGGGUUCCUCCAGCUACUACUACCCGCCCGGCUCAACCCCGCAGCGUCCGGCAACCCGCUCCCACUUCCGUACUCCCAGCAGUGGCUUCAGCGAGUACAGUCCCCGUCCGCCGACGGCGUCGCCUCGAUACACGAGCGAUGGCUACUAUGCCACGGCAAAUAGCGGUUUUGCCUACAUUGAGCGCGAUAUUCCAGCGUAUGAACCUCGCCCCUCCCGUACCCCUGCCAACAGCCACUCUCGCCGUUCCUCGACUUCGGUUCCCCAGAGGCCCUCCACCGUUCGCCCCGGCAGCAGUUCUCAGGCAUCCAAGAAGGCUCAACCUCAAACUGAGACCAAGAAGCCCCAACCGCCCCCAGUGUCUCGCGCGGCCACUGAACAAGACGCCAAGAGGCACAAGAUCCCCUCAGGAUACUCGCUCAAAAACUGGGAUCCCACCGAAGAGCCCAUUCUUCUAUUGGGUAGUGUCUUCGACUCUAACUCUUUGGGCAAGUGGAUUUACGACUGGACUGUCUACCACCAUGGCCCUGCCACUCCCAUUGCUGACAUGGCAGGUGAGCUGUGGUUGCUACUGAUCCAGUUGGCCGGCAAGCUUAAGCGCGGAGAGGAGACUAUCGAACGCGUGCGCAGCACCGAGAAAAAGGAAAUCCUUGAUGACUUCAUCGAUGCUGGUGAGCGCCUGACUGACAAGCUUCGCAAGCUUCUCAAGACUUGCGAGGCACCCAUGCUCAAGGCCAGCAAGAAGUCCUCUUCUCUCGGCAAGAACGCUGGUGUUCAGUUCGUCGAGACUCUGUUCGGCAUCGAACGUGAGUUGGACAAGACUGAGCGAUUCAUGCAGGGUGUUCGUCUCUUCAUCCUCCGAUUCGACGCCAACUGUGAUGACAUCCUCAAGAACCCUGAGAAGUAAAUGGACUCUUAUCUUCGGACACUCUUCCCUUGGUUUCCUUUCUGUCUAUACUGCCACAUUCCAUGGACGGAGUACCAUCAAGAAAGCCAACGGAUGAACCAUCGGAGCCAUACCUUAUUACCACCCAAAAAAACCAAGAAAACCCAAUAUCGAACCGACGGAUGGAGUUGCCAAUUGUACGAUUAGGAAUAUGUUUUUCCGGAUCUCAUUUUUCCUCG